CCCCAUACACACCUGGCAUCCCUGAGCGCGCGGUAUGUUUGUUUGCAGUUUACUUCGCAGUCUACUGUCCUUUCUACAUUUCAGUCGUCAAUAAGACAAUAAUGGGGAAGUUUAAGUCAAACUAAGGCGUAGGAACGUGUACCUGAUCCUCUUGCGUCUGAUCGAAAGAUACUGGCUUGUAUGUCGUCUGGUGCGGACAGUUCUGUCCUGACCUGCUGUCAUCAUGUCCCAGACCAACACUUCUCUCCUGGAGGAAGUGGUGCAGUGGAGUCAGGAAACCUGUCGCCAGGAGCUUAAGUCUGUCCUGCCGAAGCUCAACUCUUUGCAGCUUAAAACUGAAAGCUGGGAGGAACAUUUACGUAUACUGAAGAUAAUUACAGACCUGUUCCUCCCACAUAUUGGUUUGUCAGAGCUGGAAGAUGAAUGCUUCUCAAAGAUCUUACCAAAGGCUGUGUCAGUGUUCGACAGCAUGAUGAAAGAAAUCUCAGACCAAGUUGGAGGACUGUCCAGUCAAAACACUGAACUAUGUGCAUUACUAAGGAAUGUUCUUCAGGCAAUGAUGCAGCUAAUUGAUGCACUCUCUACUUGCGUUCGUCAUGUUUGCUCAUUUGAGGAAGCUCCUGACCUGGAUACUAUUCGCUCGUUACCCACUUGUAUCCUGAAAAUCCUGAGGGAGACUUUUUUACACUGCAAGGAGAGUGACGUGGUUUACUGUGGCCGUCUGUCACUGGUGGCUGAUCUGCUGCAGGGACUCUUCAAGGAGGCAUAUUCCCUUCAGAAAGGUCUAUUGGAGCUAUUGGACCGUAUCACCCUGGACAGCAGUGCCUCAGAGGAGGAGGUCUCUGACAUUGUUACAGUGAUUCACAGCUUGCUGGAUAUCUGCUCUAUUAUUUCCAACCUGGACAUUGCACUGCAUGCAAACACGUGGAAAUUUCUCAUCAAACAGAGUCUGAAGUACCGCUCAUUGGUAGAGAAACAUCUGCAUCAUGGUGACAUUAGUUCCAGCUUGUGUGAAAACCUGCUGGCCUCCUUCCACAGCUGUGUGGAGUGGGCAGAACAGAUGACCAAUGCUGGUCAACAGGUGGCAACACAAAGUCCAGAAUACAAGCUGUUCCAGAAAAGUGCAAAGAUGAGCAGGUUUUUUGCCAACACGUUGGUUCAUUAUAUAAAGGAAUUUAAAUUUUUUCUCACAAAGCACUGUAGCUGCUUUCACCAAGUUUACCUUCAGAUUGUCAGUAAGUUCCCUCCCAGCUUGUCUGCUCAGACAUUGCCCACAGCUCUCUCUGAGGAGUUAAAGGCAGCAGCUCUGGUGCCCAUGGAUGCCCUUCUGCUUCAGCUGUUGCAUUUAAGGCCAUUCACUGAGAUUGUCCUCGGGAAGGACCUACGGUUAAGUCCUGAGCAUGAGUUUCCUCACUGUCUUUUGCUGAUGAGUGUCUUGGGUCAGCUGGUCACGCAGCCUGAGGAGGUGCUGCAGCUUUGGCACACAGGCAGCCAGUUUCCAGAAGACACACCCAGGCAUCCUCUUUACAGCGCCUUGUUCACUAGUUUCCGCCGUUGUUAUACUGAGCGCAAGGUACCGGUGCUCUUGCCAGGAGUGAUGACGAGAGGUCAGGCCCAGGUCCAAGUCACACUACACCACCACAUGUGCGUGCAUCUCUGUGCCAGUGUGGCUGCACUUCCUCCAGUUUACUUCCCUGUGCUGGAGCGCUGUUUGGUCGAUGCAGUCCUGCAGGCUGAUACACAGACAGCUUUACUGGCAACAGAUGUGUGGUGCUUUACAGCACGGUAUGGGACUGCCGAACUUUGUCUACAUCAUAUCCUCCUCAUUGCUCAGCUGGUGAAGAUGUGCGCCACCGAGUGUUACCAGUUAUUCCACUUGAGCCUGCUGCUCAAACGAAUGGUUUUCCUUAUGACGCCAAACCACCAGAUGGAGCUGGUGAUGCGUUUCCCACCCUCGGAAGAGGAGAACCUACCAGUAUGGCGUCAUGUUCUCAUCAGAGCUCUUUCUCAGGACGUCCGUCACCGUGUGGAGACGGACAUCAUUGGCAUAACUCAAAAAGUGCUGACUGACUGGCAGAAUGGAGGGCACAAACUGGGACAAGUGGACAAACUGAACAUGGUGCUGUUGUCCCUCCUAGUGGUAGUUCGAGGGCAGUCAUCUCUCCAAGAACAGUGUGUGUUGUCUGUUAUGAAGAUGGUCACGCAGCUCUGGUUGUGCAUGAGUUCAGAUCAGGUGCAGACCCAGCCUGCGCUCCAGUGCACUCUGCAGCUGCUUUUGUCCAUGUCGACAGUGUUGGUGAAGAACGUAGACCCUCAAUUCAUUUGUCAGGCACUGUUGUGUGUGGAUGCUCUGAUGUCUCAAAAGUGUUCAGAUCAGCUGUUGCUGGCUGCUCUGGAGUUCCUGGCCUCCCUGGGGAAGAUUUUUGUCCCUGCUGACACCCAGAGUCACAUUCUGCCGAGGCUGAGUAGUCUGUUUGGAGUCCUGCUGGCUGACAGACCAUGGCUGCUACAUCAGCAUGCCCUGGAGGCCUUCUCUCAUUUUGCAGAAGUUACAAACCACGAGGAAGUCAUUUCCCAAAGUUUGAGCAACGAAGAAACAAAGACAAAGGUGGUGAAUUAUCUCAGCAAGACCAUUAAUGCUCGAGAAGAUGCAGAGUCACGGCUACACAGGCUCAAGAUGGAGACAGCAGAGAUCGAGCAACAUAAUGAGAGGCUGGAACACAAGGAAGAAAAUGAUUGUAACAAACAGCCUACUGAAGCUGUUACAGAUUCAGAGCCAUGUCCAAAAAGAGCUCGGCAGGAGACCAGUGCAGAGGAGUACGGUCGCUACAUCCAGACAGCUGAGAGUGCUUUAAAAGCCCUUCAGGCUCUGAUUGAGGGCCAAGCCAACUCUUCUGCUCCACCACAGUGGCUGGAAUCCAAACUACAGGAACUGCACACCCUCAUAAACCACAUUAGUGCAGCUGGGCAAACUAUCAAGCAGCUUUAGCUUUAAUUUACAUUAUAAGUAGAAAAAAAGUCUAUCAUACCCAUUGCUGCUACUGAAAAUUGUUUGUCUUCCCUUUUUUUUAAAAAAAAACCUUUUGUUUUAUAAUGUUUAUUAAACUUGUUUGAAUACAAAGCA